GGUUUCCCCUGAGAUAAAUUUAUAUUUGCCCAUGCCAUCGCCUAUCAAGCUGAUAAGCAUAUUUACGAAAAGUACAAUUUCCAUGUUGAAAUUUUCCCAUAAGUGAUUGUAGAAAUAUCAGUUCCAGAAAUAUUGAAAUAUUAUAUAGUAUACGGUAAUAUUUAUGUUCUAUUUGACAAUGAUGGCUUUACAAUAUGAUCAAGUUGAAGAAGUUUCUGAACAAUUCGAAAGACUCAGAAUUAAUAAUUAUUUGACAAUGAUGGCUUUACAAUAUUAUCAAGUUGAAGAAGUUUUUGAACAAUUCGAAAGACUCAGAAUUAAUAAUACUAAAAGGAAAGGACGAAAUCGAUAUUAUGAUGAAUUGUAUUUACCUAAAGCAGAAAAAGUAAAAUAUUAUGUGGAUAGUUCGCCAAACAGGGCAAGUUGGCUAAAACAUCCGAAUGAACAAAUACCUUCAAAAUGGUAUAUAGAACUCAUUCCAGGUACUAAACAAUACAAUAAAGUUGUUGGUCCUUUAAAGGCAUUUAUUGGUAAAAAAUGCCAAAUUGUUGAAGUUGAUAAGGUAUUUAACAGGUAUUUGGAACGCCAAUAUUUACUCAAAAAGACAGAGAAAGAACAGUUUGCUCCUUGUAAAGAAUUUACUAUGUAUCAUUUUACAAAGGAAAGUUAUCUGGAUAGUAUUAUUUUGAACAAUUUCAACUGGAGAUUUAGUGGUUCAUCUAGGGGGCAUAAAUAUGGUUAUGGAAUAUCUUUUAGCCCCGACCCAUCUUUUGCUGAACAAUUCUGUAAAAAUAAGGAAAAGUAUUCACAAGCGAGUUUUAACUGUCACCCACCCUCAAAUAACCCAGAAUUGUGCGAAUUCUCAAAGAUUGGUUUCAUGAUGAUCGUUUUGGAAUAUCCACAGUAAAUAUAUAACUUUACAAUAAAUCAGCAAUA